AUGUCCGGAGCUAUGCUAUCCAAGGUUGGAAACCCUCAGGUCUACAACGACGGAGACCAGAGGCCACAUGGCCGCGAAGCUCCAGCACCUUUCGAGGCCGGCCAGCGGAACGCGCACGACAUCCACGACCCGAAAGACAGUCUCACAUUACAGAACAGGAUGAAGCGCGAGGAGAAGGAGGAGCGCGAGCGCGACCAAGAGUCACAGACCAUCACGGACCCUCUUGAACCUGCAACCAGGCAAGGCCACGAGCCGUCGCGCGGAGCACAGAUAGACGCCGAGCUGCAGAGGGAGGACGAGGAGAUGCUUGCGAAGAAGCAGCAGUAG